AAAAACAUCAGUGCAUUUCCAUCAGCUAAUAGAGGAAAAACAAAAACAAUUUAUUCAAGUGUUAAACAAAUUUAUAAAAAAAUUAUUAUUUAAUAUGUGUACAAAUGCAACAAAUAAAAUAAAUUCAAAUCCAGUGCCUUUUGUUACGCUUAAAAAUGGUCGUAAAAUGCCUAUGAUUGGUCUGGGAACAUGGAGGUUGCAACGUAAAGCUUCGGAUGUGGUGCAUGAUGCUUUCGAUGUGGGUUAUCGUCAUUUUGAUUGCGCCCAUAUUUAUCGCAAUGAACAUGAGGUGGGUGAAGCAUUUAAGGAACUUCUUGAAAAGGGAAAAGUUAAGAGAGAUGAAUUAUUUGUUACCAGCAAACUAUGGAAUACAUUCCAUCAUCCGACAAUGGUGCGUCAGGCUUGUGAAACUACAUUAAAUAAUUUAAAUCUAACGUAUCUGGAUAAUUAUCUAAUACAUUGGCCUAUGGCCUACAAAGAUGGCGAAGAACUUUAUCCGAAAGAUGAAAAUAAUAAAAUUAUAUUUUCAAAUGUUGAUUAUGUGGAUACUUGGUGGGCUAUGGAGGAUUUGGUUGAUUCUGGUCUUUGCCUUAGUAUAGGUCUAUCAAAUUUCAAUAUAUCUCAAAUAGAACGUGUGCUAAAGGUGGCACGUAUACCACCGGCAAAUUUACAAAUCGAAUGUCAUCCUUAUUUGAAUCAACAAAAAUUGAUGGAAUUUUGUAGAGCUAACGAUAUAGUGGUAACAGCAUAUAGUUCCUUAGGGUCACCCUCAUCACCUUAUGCCAAGCCGGGAGAAUAUCCUAUAUUACAAAAUCCUAUAGUUUUGACAUUAGCUGAGAAGCAUCAAAAAUCACCUGCCCAAUUGUUGUUGCGUUAUCAACUGGAACGUGGUAAUGUUGUUUUACCAAGAUCAGCUAGUAAGGAUCAUAUGAUAGAAAACUUUAAUAUAUUGGAUUUUAAGUUAAGUUCAGAGGAUGUGGAUUUAUUGAAUGGUUUAGAUUUUGGUGGACGUUUUAUGAUAAUGGCAGAUGCACAAGGUCAUCCUUAUCAUCCGUUUGCUGAUGAAAAUAUAUUUUGAAAUAAUGAGAAUUUUUAAAUAAAUAUUACCUGUACCUGUUUUUAUUUUA